CAAGCGUGGUCAUUCAGUGGCUGUGAACACUGCUUGGUUUUCAUCUUGCAUACAUGUGGAGGCUUAGAGGCAGCCAGAUCUGCAGUGACUCGCGGUUGCUAUGGCUAUGUCCUCGUUACUGCUCAAUUGUCUGCAUGUUACACUAAUUUUUCUCCUGAUACAUGUAGGUGAUUGCUUUCAGACGGAAACAAAUCUCUGUGAUUCAAGUUGUGCUGGGUUUUCUACAUCUGACUUGUCCUAUCAGAGAGGGGUGAGGUAUACUUACAGGUAUAGCACAACAGUUACCACAACCCUUCAUGGCUCCAAUGCUGGCAGGAAUGGACUGGCUUUGGACUGUGUGGUUGAUAUUGAUGUGGUUUCCAAGUGUCACCUAAUGAUGCAGAUUAGGAAUCCACAGAUAAAGCGUCUUUCCCCUCAGAAGGAACAUUCUGUGCAGCGCUUAAAGAGCUUGAGGGAGUCACUGGAGAGAACGCGCCUCAAGUUCUCCCUCCAGGGGGGAAAGGUCACGGCCCUCUGUUUCCAGGAGGGGGAGCAGGUGUGGGCCCUCAACAUUAAAAGGGCUCUACUGAGCAUGCUCCAGACGUCCCGCACGGCCUCCAAACAGGGAUUAGAAAAGGAGACGGAUGUAUAUGGGACGUGCACCAGCAGGUAUGAGAGGAAAGGACCUGUACUGCUGAAGAGCAGGGAUCUCAAACAGUGCCAACAGUCCAGGCUCGCAAACUUCUGGCCACAUUCAGUAUCUUUAACUGAAGAUACAUCUGUGCAGUCAGAGCUGCACUGUGUUCAGAGGCAUGGAUCUACAGUGAUGCAAGAGGUCAACUGUACAGAAGCCGUUUCCAUGGCCACAUGGUCCAAGACUGCAGGGCUGGUGAAGACCCAAACACUAUCUACCCUGCUCCUGCUCAGAGCCCAGCCAGGGACUCCUUCAGGCGCUGAGUCCUUAGGCAUUGGUGUGCUAACUGACCUGCAGUUUGAGGACGAUGAGUCUUCAAGGCCAGGAAAAUCCAGAGCGUCAACGCCUCAGCAAGCCAGUCAAACUGUCAGGAUGUUAUGUAGCCUCACCUCAGACCCACAACAGGUAUCACAAGAGUUCCUUCAACUGGCUUUCCAGCUGAGAGAUCUGACUCUCCCUCAACUCAAGACACUUUGGCAAGAAGCGUCUUUCAAGUGCCGCAAUGACUGGCAGCCUUUGUUGGAUGCAUUACCAGCCUGUGGAUCUGAAAACUGCAUCAUACUACUGACUGACCUAAUGAGGACCAAAGAGCUGGAGAAGGAGCAGGCUCACGCUUUUCUCACCACCAUAGCCCUCAUCCCACAGCCAUCGCCACAAAUCAUCAACUCCAUUAAUGUCUUACUGGAGGUCCCAGAGAUGCGGUCCAAGGCACUGUUAGCUGGAUCAUCUUUGGUCUAUCAGUUGUGCCAAUGGUCCUCCUGCAGUGAACUUCCUCAGAUACAGACCUUCAUACAGACUCUUGAGGAAACCCUGAAGGAGGGUUUUGAAGGCGAACCGUCCACUGAAGUUAAGCUUCUUCAUGCACUGAAAUCCGUGGGAAACACUGGUCUGUCUGCUCCAACCUUCGUUCCUCUGCUAAACCGCUUCAUGCUCGGACACUCAACUGCUCUGGAGCUGAGAGUUGCUGCCAUUCAAGCCUUCAGACGCUUUCCCUGCUCAGCUGAUAGAUCUGUGCUGUUGCAGCUGUACCGCUCCUCCCAGGAGGAUCCUGAGGUCAGAAUCGCUGCAUACCAGCAGCUCAUGCGUUGCCCUGAUCCGGACAUGUUUGAAGUGGUGAAGAAGACGCUGAGGAACGAGACCUCCAGCCAAGUGGGCUCUUAUGUGUGGAGUCACCUGACUAAUGUCCUGAGGAGCGAGGACCCCAUGAAGCAGGCCCUAAUGGAGUCACUGCCUGAUGAUAUUAUCAGCAGAGACUUUGAAGCUGAGUUUCUGAAAUACUCCUCCUAUUCCGACUACACUGUUUCAUCAGGCAUGGGAAUUACAAAUGUGGAAACAUCUUUGGUUUUCUCUCCUAAAUCAUUUCUACCAAGAUAUGCCACUGCCAACCUGACAGUAUAUUUUCAUGGCAGAGCACACAACCUUCUGGAAGUGGACCUACACGUUGAAAAUGCUGAACCACUUUUGAAGAACAUUUUCGGUCACCAGAGCCAUGACUCUGAUGGAGGGUCUGUGGCUCAAAGUCGCAAACAUGUGCAGUCCAAAGAGGCCAGGAGGACAAGAAGAAAACCAGAUGAUGGCCAUAGAGGAGAAAAAGAAAAGUGUUUAUCAAGCACAAGCAGUUAUCUGGACCAGGCCAGGGCAAUGUUGUUUGGUAGGAGGCGAACAGAGGAUAACAGGCCCAAGUGUUGGGUUGGUGUGAAGGUGUUUGGCAAUGAGCUCAGUGUGUUUACAUGUGAAGAUCUCUACAGUCAAAUCGACCAGCUGUCGCUGAGCGUGGCGGGCCUGGCUGUCAAACUGCUCAAGGGUCACGAGGUUGAGCUAAACCACAGGGCUGUGCUGAUGACAGAGGAGCUGGUUUUACCGUCUCUGUCUGGUUUGCCUGUCAAACUGGGCAUCAACAUGACCUCCCUCCUUUCGCUGCGCCUGAAAGGCAACAUUAACUACAGGGAUACUUCUCACUUCUCCCUGACUGGAUACAUCAAACCCAAUGCCUAUGUUGGGCUAUCUGCCAGAAUGGGGGUUGACGGUGCUUUGGGGCAGGCUGCAGUGGACUGGGUCUCUGAGCUAAGGAGCUCCAGCAGUCUGGAUGGCAGUGUUCAGCUGCAGGAGGGGCGGGAUCUCAGGGUCACACUUAACACACCGGAGGACGUCAUGGACAUCAUCUCUGUCAGCUCUAGAGUGUUUCAGCUCAGUGGAGACCACAGAGAGGAGAUAAAGGGCCCAAAGAGUCGAGUCCAGAAGACCACCUGCACACCAAAGACGUGGUCCAAGAUGGUCGGCUGGCAGCUGUGCUCCAAUGCCUCUUAUCCAUUACCUGCUGCAGGUAUUUCACUUCCCCCUCCAGGACCAGCCCACCUCUCCCUCAGGCUGCUGAAGCUGGACAGAGGCCUCCAAUACUACCUGCUGGAGGCUGCCUACUCACUGCUCGCUCAGAGAGACACGUGGUUCCCCAGCGAGGCCUCCAUCCACCUCCUCCUGGCCACACCUCAGUCUUCCAUCCCUAGGGACAUGUCUCUGGAUCUGUCCUUUAACCCUCACAGACUGCUGCUGAGGAUCACCCAUCCUCUGAAAACCAUCCACAUACAAGGGCAACUUGAACAAGAGAGGAAUAUAAAGUCAGGAAAGCUGGAGCUGUUGAUUGAUGGUGUUCACUAUUAUAUCAAGGGUUUGGUCGACACUCAGACCUUGGUGUCAGAGCAGAGAAUGCGCUAUCACCUUGAAGCCAAAAUGGCAGCCAAUGGACAUCCCAUGAUCCUCUCUGCUAAUGUUACUCGUGGACGGGGCGGGAAGACCAUCUUCUCUGCCACUGUGAAGAAUGUGUUCAGAGAAACUGCAUCGCUGUCAGUGGCCCUGGAGCGCAGGCGCGAUGGCAGCAGCAGGCAGUACUCUGUGGAGGCAGAGCUCCUGUUUCCGGGAGUGGUCGGCACCAGGAUGCUGGGACUGCUGGAGCAGAAGGGCUCACUGUGGAGCUCCGCGCUCAGGCUCAAAUAUGGUCUGGGAGGUGAUGCCCGGCACCUGCGUCAGGAGUGCUACACAUCUCAGAGACUAAGGAGUGAGACAGAUUCUAACCUCACAUACAUCAUGAGAGCAGACCAUGAAUUCUACUGCUCCAACACCACUCCUAUCAACCACAAGAUCCACCUGAGGCACGAAGAAAGCCCCCGCCACAUUAAAUCAGCCCUGGACAUGAGCUAUGGCAAACACUGGGAUGAGAUCAACAACAAACGCACACUUCUUCUGAGCCAGUCCUUCAAAAACCAAUCCACACAAAAUCACACAAGCUACACACUGGAGUUCAGUCUCCAGGUGCCAGAGAAGAAUUUAAACUACAGGACUCAGCUUCUUCAUUCUCACAUGAGACAGCUUGGGUCUGAGAGCAGCACUCACCUCAAAAUCCACUACAACAACCUGAUGCCACUGAUGGCUGGAUUACACUGGAAAAGCCCUCCUAAAGAUGCCCUGCAGAAAAAAUGGGAAGGCACAUUUAACAUGGACACACCGUGGCUGUACAUCUACACUGCCCACAAAUUAAACCAGCACCAGCGCCACACACUUCAGCUCAACUCAGAGCUGACAGCCAGCAAGUGGCUGACCAUCCAUAACCUCCUCCUGGAGGGUUUCUACAGAGACAGGGGCAGGGAGAAGGAAGCCCGUCUGGAGCUCUAUACUCCAGCUGGCACCUACAUCCAAGCAGGAGGGUGGAGCGUGGUGGGGAAGCGAAAUGUGAAGGCCUCCGCCUCCUUAAGCUCCUUGUGGACUCCACCUUUCAGAGGAGACGUCUCUCUGGAGGCCUCUAAACUCAGACACACCCUGCAGAUGGCCUCCACCUAUGGCAAGCAUAACGUCAGCCUCGCUGCUGUCCUGAACAUUGUGGAUAAGAAUUUGAAAAAGAGGGAAGUGAUACUAAAGAUGACCUUCGCAAAGCCGAAGAGUCCGUCCACAGAACUGGAGUUUGAGGGAGUCGUAGAGGAGCUGAGGAGGGACAAGAAGAUGUAUCAGAAAACAGCAAUGCUCCAGCUCAGACAACCCUUCCAAACCUUUCCUCAGUCUCUCCUCCUGCGGGAGACUUUCACCGUCGAUCUCCUCAAAGGCCUCUACAUCCUUGAGUCAAAAGCUGGUUUCCACAGCAACAGAGAGGUCAUCCACACCCUCACCCUCGGCUACCAACCGCCAAGCCCUUUUGUUUGUUCUGCACUGAUCCAUCCUUUCAGCUCUGACACUGUGCCGUCAGACUCAGAAAUCUGUGUGACCAUAACCAGCAACCAGACGCAGAAAGACAUACAAGGGAAGUUACGUGUCAGUAGCAAGGAGAGACUGACCUUUUUCGGACAAGUUCAGUUGAACCCUUUGCAAUCGAGUCACCAAGCAAUAAAAGUUAGAGCCAACUUCACCCAUCAGCUCGAGCUGCAGCUCCCCUCCUCCGCCAUAGUGGAGGGAAAUGUAUACUGGAACCCGAAAAACAACACUGACUUUGAUUAUCAGGCCAGAGGGAAACUGAGAGUCGAGCGCCAGGAGUGCCAACUUUCUGUGCAGCUCAAUGGAACGUCAGGCAGAGUCAAUCUUUAUUCCUCUCUCAGCCAUCCGUUCAAAUCAAAGAUUCCCAAAACGUUAGAGGUGAAGGCCACUGCAGACAUUUCUACAGUGGCUGGCAGAAGAAGUAGCUCAGUUCAUGUGAGGGCUGAUGGGAAGGACAGGGUGAAGGUGGAUGCCCAGAUGUCCCACUCCCUCCAGAGGGAAGACAGAUCUGUGGGACUGAGGGUGAACAUAUCCCAGAGCCUGCUGCCUUCUGCCACUGAGCUGCAUGUAAACAUGGCUGCCAACAUGUCCUCAGACAGUGUGUCUCUACAUGGCUCCUAUACACAGGGGCAUGAGGCUUUGCUUGCCCAGGUCAAAGGUUCUCUAAAAAACACCCGGGGUCUCCAGCUGGCUAUGUCCGGGGACCUGAGGCACUCAAUGGCCAACCUUGCUAUUUUGCCUCCAGUCCUGGGGUUGGAUGGGACGCUGGGACAGUCUGACACACUCAUUGAAGGACAGGUGAGAGUCAGAGUGAUGGAGACCUUGUACAGUGUGGAGCUGAGGCAUCAGGAGGAUCCUGGAGAUUCUUCAAUCAGAGAAGAUGAAGAAGGCAGGAUGGGAAAUAAAUUCAGUGUGGCUCGUGAUUGGCUGUGUGUUUGGUUGGGGAAGGAGCAUUUGUGUGUGAAUGUGAGCCGCCGACUCGGGGAUCAAGGGACGGGUGAGGUCUACACCAGACUAUCUCACUGCUUCCACCUGCUCAAUGCCACAGGUGUACCUGUCAACAGUAGUGCUCAGGUGAGUUGGGCCCAGGAUGGUGGUCGACUGUCAGUCCUGGUGGACCUGCUGGCGGGACCCGAGAAUCUAAAAGCUGAAUUUAAUGGGGGCAAGACAGACCAGGUUAUCCCACGGUGGGAGUACUUCUCCAGGCUGCAGCAUCAAGUCAAAGCCCUGCUGAAAAGAGGCUUAUCAAGCUCCAUACAAGCCAAAGCACAUUACCAGUUAGAAACAGAAGGACUGGACACAGGCUUGACCCUUCACAUGGAAGAUGAGCGAAUGGUUGACAUUGUUUUUAGCAUUGGAUCAAAAAACAGCACAGCUAUAUUGGCAGUGUCUCUAUGGCAACAGAUGAAGCUGCUGCAAGGACUGAUACCCACCUCUUUACAGAUGAACUGCACAGGGGACAGCACCGCAGACCGACUCUCAGCCCAGUGCUAUGGAAAUGUGGCAGGUCGUCCUGUGGAGUCUCUCCUACCGUCACAGACUUCAGCCAACAUCUCCAUCGCCCGUUCUGGCUGCUCUACAUAUCUAAGUACUGCCCUGCAGGCUGAAGGGGAACAGAAAGGCAACUUUAGUCUGCAUUUAACCUGUCACCCCCACCUUAGUCUGAAAGCAUCUGUACAACACUCGAUAGAAGCAGUACAGAUGCUGGGAUUUCCUACCCACGGAGCAUUAAUCUUGAAUGUUUCAACCGCACAUCUGCCUGGUGUGAAGGCUGGGCUGGAGCUGGGACGUUGUUAUUUCAUGGCUAAUUUGGGGAAAACCAAGGCUUCACAAACAGAGGGGGAUCAGUCUUUGUACGCUGUAAAUGUGACCAACUAUUGUCCUGCUCUACAGGGAACAGUCCUCCCAGUCUCUCUGGCUCUUCAGGGCCGCAUCUCAGUCAUCCCCUGCCAGCUUACCAUGACCUCUUCUCUGAGGGCAGAAAACCAGGACCUCUCGCUGGAGCUGAGUCAGUCCUGCAGGCCUCCACAUCUCUCUGGGACCCUCACACACUCCUUCCUUGGGCUGAGGAGCCAAGGUGUGCCCCAGAUGAUCUCUGUAGAGGCCACUGCUCCUGGAGGCCCUGAGGAGUCUGGGGCCUUGUUCAUUAAAGCUGGGGCAUGUUCCAUCAGGGCCAAUAGAGUCAUAGAGGCCAAAGGAAGGACACAGUGGCUCUGGGCUCUGGUGUCAAAGUGCCCAGUGUUACAGGCACAUUUAAAUGGCUCAGUGUGGCAGGACUCUCAGGGUAUCUGGACAGCCUUGAUGGACGCCGAUCUGGAGGGCAAAAGGGGUUUCCUGAGGCUGAACGCAAGGGCCUGGCCAGAGCUGAGUGUGGAGGGUGAGCUCCGUCAUAACCUUCCUGCUCUCAAACAUUUACCACAGCACAGCAGACUGAGAGUAACCGGUAGGGCCGGAAGACAACGCUAUGACACAGAAGUCCUCAUUCAGAUGGAGGAGUGUACUGUCAGAGCCAGUGGCGUUGUGAUGUCGCAGAGAGGCCUGCAGGGGUCGCUGGUGUAUCACAACAACUGCACAGCGAUUCAGGAGUGGGGUAGUCCAGACAGGAUGCAGUCCUCCGGGUUGUUGGUCGUCUCCCCAACUCUCGCAGAAUCUCAGGUCUCCAUGGCGAUAGAUGACACAGAAUUACAGGCUUCAGUGGCUCUUAGGAAAACCAAGGAUAUAAAUGAAGCUUCGCUUAAUCUAAACCACUCUGUGCCCCUGUUGAAGAAGCUGGGUCUCCCUGCUAAUGCUGCAGUAACAGUGAAUUCUGGGAGUCAUGGCAAUGGCUCGUACUAUUACCUAUUACACAGCAGUGCAGGAAAUCAAAAGCUAACUCAAGAGAUGACAGUGACACGGAUGUCUGAAACAGUCGGAGUGAAGAGCCAUUUUAGACACAGAGUGAACUAUCUGAAUAAACUCGGACUCCCUGCAAACAACAGCAUCCAGGUAGAGCUUGGUUCUGCUGAGGGGAAGGCCUUGAUCUUACAGUCCCAGUUUGGAGGUCAGCAGGCAGGAGUGAGACUUAAGAUGAAUUGUCUCCCAGGGACCAAAGAGAUAAGAGGGACCAUGUGGCACAGCUGGUCUUGGCUACAGGAUAGAGGGCUGCCGCUUAAUAUGGAGGGCCUCUGUUCCAUGCAGGGAGUCUUUUCCCAGCUUCAGUCCAGGGCUGAAUUUACUGUGGACAGACACAAGCUGCUCGCCUCUGGCUUGAAUGUCAGUGUGGCUGAUGGACGUCUGGCCCUGCUGCUCUCCUACUCUCCACCAGCAGCCUCUAAUCGAACAGGGACCCGGUCCAGUCUACACACUACCCUGACUGCUCAGUUCAAAGGUCCUCUGCGAAGUGCCUCAUUAGACCUUUACUGCCACACCUGGAGAGUCCAACUAGUGGGGGAUGUAGGAGGCUGGGGGGCACGUGGAGGGUCCAAGGAGGCCAGAGUCACACUGAAACACACCCUACAGAGACAAACUAGUCCUACGUUACAGGUGGAGGCCUGGGGAAGACUUACUGACUCACAGCUGAGGUGCUCCAUAGCUGUGAACCCUGAACUCAGCUCCUCACUGGCACUCAUCAUACAGGGACACCAUCUGCCUCAUAGCAAGGACCUGAUGGUGAAGGUGGUCCAGAAUAUUCCCAGGAUGUUGGUUUACCUGCCGUCUCAGCUCAACGUCCGCACUCAGGUUAACCAGUCCCAGUCCGGUGUUGCAGGUUUGGUGGAGGUGUUAUCAGGCAGGAGAAGGCUGUGGGCGCUGGGGGAGCUGGUAGCUAUAGAGAGUGGAUACAGACAGGCUGUAGAGCUCAAACACACAUACCCACAGUUGAAGCCGCUGCCCAGGACUGUCGCAGUGAGGACGGUUUAUGAGGCCAGAAACUGGACUUACCAAAUUCAACAUGGAGCUGUGUGGGGCAAUCAGGAGUUCAGCCUGUCUGGUCUCUACUCUGCACCUCCAGCACUGGAGAUGGGGAACCAGACCCUGAAGGUUCACAUCAACUGCGUUCCCCGUUUGACUAGUUUGGAGGCGACACUGGAACGUUCCUUAAAGGGUCGACUGGACAGUAUUUUUCUGGGCUGGACGAGGCAUGGCCGACUGGAGCAGGUCAGAGCUCUCAGCUCGUGGAGUCGAUCAGAGGAGAUGAAUGAGACCAAACUGGAGCUGAAACAGCCCUUCUCCUCCACACUCAGCCAGAUGUCCCUUCAGAUGCUAUCACACAGUUCUCAGAGAGAACGACGCAGCAGCCACCAAACCCAUCUGUCAUGGGACAGCUCAGUCCCAGUCAACAUCUCCCUCAACCUGAACAAACAGUGGCAGAACAACUCCAGCAGGGGGCAGGCAUGUGCUCUGUUCUCAACACAGCAGAUGGUAGUGUCUUCUGUUAAAGGUUGUGUAUCAGUGGGUCAGGAGGGAAACUCAUACUCACAAAAUGCAGAGCUGAGAUGGGACAACAAGAGCAUCAAGCAGGGCAUGAAGUACCAGAAGGGUCCACGGGGAAUGCACAGCCUUCAGGUUAAUGUCGGUCUUGACAAAGUGUCUCCAGCACCCUGUCCUUCACACACAAUCCUGACAAAGAUCCAGACCAACCUCAGGGAUCGCUUGGAGCACACAGUCCUGCUGGGACUGUGCCCCCCACAACCUACUUUGUCGUGGUCAGGAUCCCACAGGGUGAACUCAGGAGAGGAGCUGUUUUACACGCAGUCUCGCUUGUCGGUGACAGGACGGCCGCACCAGUGCAGCCUCACCUUCGCCCUGACCAACUCCUCGACUGCUCAGGGCUCCAACAUGUCUCUGUACUCUGAGUCCAGGAUGGGUAAUUGGAGUGUGGAGGUGGCGGGCAGUGCCCUGUCUUGGCCCAGAGGGUCUGGUCUCCAGGUGCAGGCCAGACUGGACCGCAGAGAGAGGGUCUGGCUGAACGGAACAGCAAAGGGACAAUGUCUUCAGACCACAGCAGGUUACAUGAACGUCUCUUCAUGUGCAGGUACGGGUUUGAAGGAGGACAUCACUGUGGUGGCAUGUGUGGGAACAAAUCGCAGUUUGGUGCUGGAUGUGCAGAAGAGAGACGGCAGCAGCGAACAUGAGACUCUGGGCAGUGUGUCUGUGGGAUCAACCAAUCAGAGGCUGAUGCUGAGAGCAAGAGGUUGUUUGGAAGGUCUAACUGCAGUGGAGGCACGUAUCCGAUAUUUGAGCUCUCAGAUUCACAAUAAGCUGUUGGAGAGAAUCAAGACUUUGCAGCAUCUCCUUGUUGAAUUCAGACGGCAGUCCAGAGACAGCGAGUUGCUCCAGGAGCUGAGUGUCCUGCCGCUUCUUGUCUCCCAGCGAGCCGAGGCUCUGCUGCUGGGGCACAGAGACAACAGUUUGACGUCUGUGUGGCAGAACAGCCCUCUGUGUCGCAUCGUGACCGACAGUCUGCCUCGCUUUCUUGGCCUGCUGCAGCACGCCUCUCUGCUGGGACAACAGGAACUGAGGAGGCCCUUGGCUACUCUGGCAGGUGUGUACCAGGAUGUGAAGGGCCAGAGGCCGGAGGCUUUGUGGAGGGAGGCUGUUUCUUUUUGGACCGACGGGCCGGUGGAGGUCCUACCUGCUCUGUUGGGGAACCCUCAGCUGAGGCCGCUGGCUCAGGCCAGCGUCGCCGUGCUCAGCAUCGCCCUGGAUGUUGCAGGUCAGCAUACCUACCACUGGCUGGAGACCAGGUUGGCAAUGGCUUUGUCUGGAGUCAGAAAACGACUUGCUUCUGUCUACAAAUUCUUCCCCAGUGAGUGUUUAGUGACUGUGUCAGUCCCGCUGCCAUCGCUCCCCUGGUCCAGGGUGGCCGAGGCCGGACUGGUGGAGAUUCUCCUGGAGGAGUGGCUUCUGAGGCCUCUGCAGACCCUUGCCUCUGUCAGACCCAUAGCUGAACUAUACCGCCUCAAAAGGAAGAUCAUGGACAGCCCAUUUAGACACCAAGCUCUGCUGGUGGCAGAUCAGUUUGUAGUGACAUUUGACGGUCACCUGUAUGAGCUCCCGGGCUCCUGUCCACUGCUCCUCGCCCAAGACGUCAGCGCUGACCCUUCCUUCAUGCUGCUGCUCAGUUCAGACUCACAUAACUUCCUUCUGAUAGAAAUGAAUAACAGCACCGUCAACAUUCAACACAAUGGACAGGUGAAGGCCAACUGCCAUAAUGCUGCAAUGCACACGUUUCACGGUGACAAUGGAGUGGCUGUCCAAAGUGGGCCAAACAGCGUGCAGGUGUCCAAUCAGAAUGGAGCGUCAGUGUCAUGUGACCUGUCGCUUGAGGUGUGCAGCUUCACUCUGGAUGGAUGGCUGCAUGGCGCGUCCACUGGCCUGUUAGGGACCAACGACAAUGAAGCAGGGAACGAUGCUCCUUUAGCUGACGGAUCUCAAGCUGAAAACCUCAACAGUCUUUUCUACAGUUGGCAGAUGAAACCAGAGUGUAUUAAACCGCCUGGUGUAACAGAGAACUUUCCUGUGGACACAAGCCCUGUGAGCUGCCACUUUCUGUUCUCUUCUCUGGAUUCUCCGCUGAGUUCCUGUUUCAGGGUGGUGGAUCCUGGUCAGUUCUUGUCUGUGUGUGAGUUGAGCUCCUCCAGAGCCCCCUGCAGAUUAGCAUCUGCUUUUGUUCAUCUCUGCCAGCAGAACUACAUACCUCUGGAGGUUCCUGUCCAGUGCUUGAAAGCUUGAAGGAGGGACGAGCUAAUGAAGAGCAAAGAUGGGUGAUUUAUGACCUCUGUUAGCUGCUAAAACUAAUGUUACACUUUUAUACCACUGUUUUUGCAACAUUACUUCAAUACAUUUUAUUUUGUAUUAAAUUGUGUACUUCUUUGUAUAGUUACACAUUAUUAUACGUCCUGUUAUGUACAUGUUUACCUUCUUUACAUACGCAGAUAUUGUGCCAGUAAUGUCAAUGUGAACACACUAACUAUAGCGAGUGGAGGCCUAAUUAUUUUUCAUUUUCUGUGGUCUGUAGUACAAACACUGAAAAUAUUUGUGACUGAUUGUAGUGCAACCACAAUAACCAAACCUCACAACCAAACUUGGAUCAUAAGGAGCUCAACAAAUACUUUUUGAUUAAGUGCAUUUAUUACCUCUUUGUAUGCUCUCUUACAACUGUGUGUUAAAUAUAUGUAUUUCUCUUUA